AUGGCCUACAAAGUCAUUGCCAUUGAUUUCAGAACAACCGACGGUGGAUUUGCUUUUCCAUUCAUCAAUGAUGAAGGAGAGGACGUCAUCUUCAUGAACAGAGACUGGGUGAUUGAACAAGGCGCUCAAACAAGCAAAACCCCAACAUGCCUGCUACUCAAAUCAGAUGUGUCAUUUGACUUAUUUGGUUAUGAAGCGAUGGAAAAGUACAGCAAUCUUCAAGAUGAAAGAGAAGAGAAAGAUCAUCUCUUUUUCAAACAUUUUAAAAUGACUCUUCAAAAUGAGGAGAGUCUUGACAGCAGUCAGCAGACAGGAGAUGAUCAUUUCAGUCCAGACGAUGUCCAAUGGGUUCUAACUGUUCCGGCAAUAUGGACUCCAAGUGCAGUAUGUAACUCAAGUUAA